AUGGCUUCUGCUGCUUGUAUCUUCUGCAAAAUUAUCAAGGGUAUGAUCAUUCCAUCAAUCCUCUCACUGCUCCCCAGUUGGAUUUGGCGUUUGCGCAUUCGCGUGGCCGUGGACGAGACGUCAUCGACUGAAGUCAGUGAUAUCCCCUCCUUCAAGGUCUUCGAGAGUGACAAGGUCUUUGCCUUCCUCGAUAUCCAGCCGCUGAGCCGUGGCCAUGCGGUGCGCAUUCCCCUCUCUCCCCCGCAUUCACUCGUCAUCCCCAAGUUCCACGGCGCCAAGUUGACCGAUAUCCCCGACGAGGACCUGCUCGAGAUUCUGCCCGUCGCGAAGAAGAUUGCCAAGGCUAGCGGUGCCACUGAUUUCAAUAUCUUGCAGAACAACGGCCGCAUUGCGCACCAGGUUGUUGACCAUGUUCACUUCCACAUGAUCCCCAAGCCCAAUGAGGAGGAGGGCAUGACUAUUGGCUGGCCUACCCAGGCUACUGAUAUGGACAAGCUCAAGGCUCUCCAUGAGGAGAUCAAGUCCAAGAUGUAA